AUGCUAGGUUAAUUGGCGACUCCAAAUUGUCCAUAGGUAUGCAUGUGAGUGUGAAUGGUUGUUUGUCUAUAUGUGCCCUGCGAUUGGCUGGCGACCAGUCCAGGGUGUAGCCCGCCUCUCGGCCAAAGACAGCUGGGAUAGGCUCCAGCAUGGCCGCAACCCUCGUGAGGAUAAGCGGUACAGAAAAUGGAUGAAUGGAUUAAACAAGGUUUCUUACCUCCACCCUCUUUGUCCCCUGGAAAUGUUCUCUUAUUUGGCCCUUUUCCAAAUGUAUGUUGUUUCUUGUUGCUGUCCCCACUCUUCCCUAUUUUGCCUUUCAUUUCUUUCUUGAUGUACGGCUUAUAGGGCUUUUUACCAGCCGGCCUACUACCAAGCGCUUUCCCAGGAGAAUCUGCACAAACACACAGACCUUACAGUUGGAACACGUACAGUACGAGAUGCGUAACAGUACAGAGCACAGCUUACCUUUAUGUCCUAACUUCUUUCCACCUUUUGGGGAAAAAUGUUUUUUGGGUUUGGCUUCCAUCCUAAAGAAAAAUGAUGAGAAUAUGAUUAAAAAAACGUUUUUGGAUGGAAUAGGUUGGUUGUGUAGGAUCUGAAGAUAUGUGCCUAAAUUCUAACAUCGAAUAUGACAUAAUAAAUAGGUCUGCUACAGGAUAAUCGUAACAAUGUAAACAUGAGACGACAUGGUUAAUUCGUGUGGAAAAUAAAUAAACUGACUUUCAGUGUGUUUGCAGCAUAGUCAUCAUCCCAAAACACAGUAAACCAGUCAUACGUCCUAAACACAACACGUUUACCAACUUGCGUUCAUUUGAAAGAAACCUUGCUUUCAUGUAAUCUCCGAGAACUACAUUUUUUCCAACGGUCGCCAUGUUUUCAGUUUAAGGGCUUCGAGUAUUUUUUUUAGCGGUGAACAAAAUAAGAUUCAAAUAUAACAAAACAGUUGAUUACUAUUAAUACCGCAUGACAAUAACACUGAAUGUAUACUUUUAAAAAGCGCUGACUUACAUGCUUUACACGUACACGCACUCCUUCCCGAUUAUGUCCAUGCGCGUUUCAACACAACGAUUUACGGUAACUGUAAGCACCCAAUCAAAUCCAACGUUUGCUGUCGUAAAGUUUUGUCGUUACGACAGUGCAAAAGUAACAAUACUUUAUUCAUUUCGAAGAGAAUGUUAUCAUUCGAAUGUUAUAUUUUGCCAUUAUUUUAGCCAAUUCUAAAACAAUAAUCACUCAAUUCUGAGGUUCAUGUUUUUAAAAAGUAUCAAACUUUUUUGUAAUGUAGUUGAAUCAAACCAGUUGUUCAGUUUAUUAAGUUUUUUAUGCAAGAAUUUUAAAACACUCGUGUAGCUAAUAACUGCGGUGUCCGUUAUGGUUUUAGUGCUAGAAGGGAUGUCCUUCUGUUGCCUGGCAACGGCCAACAAAACUGGGCACUGGGAAUAAAAAGUCGGCAAAAAGGCUGCACAGGACAAAUAUGUCACGUCACAACGUCACAACGAGGAGACAACUCUCUACUGAUAUGUACUACAAAUAUGAGGAACUGUAUUCCAGACCGUUCAUUACACCUGGUUCUGACAUCCCAGAGAACCUCCUCAACCUCGAUCACUCGUUCGGCUACGACUGUCAACGCAGAGAAAACCUGCAGCUGCUGGAUGAUAGAACGCUGUUCUUUAUAGCUGGUCAGAUGAUCAUAAUACUAGAUGUUUCUACAAAGCAGCAGAGGUACCUUCGCUCCUGCAACACUGCAGGAAUUGGCUCCAUCGGGGUACACCCAAGAAAAGACUAUUUUGCAGUGGCCGAGAAGGGACACAAACCACUGCUGAUAGUAUAUGAAUACCCUUCAAUACGAGCAUAUCGCAUCCUCAGAGAGGGUACAGAGCGUGCAUUCUGCUCCGUCAACUUUAACAGCGACGGGAGUCUUCUGGCCAGCCUGGGCAGUACACCUGACUACAUGCUGACAGUGUGGAACUGGAGGGAGGAGGAAGUGGUCCUCAGGUGCAAAGCCAUUUCUCAGGAGGUCUACAGAGUGAGCUUCUCGCCAUACAACCCCGGACUGCUGACAUCAUCAGGAUCCGGACACAUCAAGUUCUGGAAAAUGGCCAACACAUUUACUGGUCUCAAACUGGAGGGGCUUAUUGGGCAUUUUGGAAAAACUGCAGCGACUGACAUUGAUGGCUACAUAGAACUUCCAGAUGGAAAGGUGGUGUCUGGCUCCAACUGGGGCAACCUGUUGCUGUGGGAUGGAAACACCAUUAAAGUGGAGCUCUGCAGAAAGGGAGGACGGUGUUGUCAUGAUGGGGUUGUCCAGCCUUUUGCUUUGGAAGACGGACAGCUGAUGACUUUUGGCUCCGAUGGAGUCAUCCGGGGCUGGGACUUUGAGACCAUUGAUACCGCCCAAGACAGCGGCGGGAGCAGCAAGUUCGAGGUGGAGCCAAUGAAUGAGUUGGUGGUUGGACAUCAUGUUUGCUUGUCCUCAAUCGUAAAAAGCUCUCAACCCGACUCUAAUGUUUGGUUUGCUCAGGAUUCCACUGGAGCCAUUUGGAAGUUGGACCUGUCAUUCAAAUACACAACUCCUGAUCCCGAAUGCCUCUUUUCCUUCCACGUUGGACCAAUCAAGGGUCUGGAUGUCUCCAAGAAAAGUCAUCUCAUGGCCACAACUGCUCUGGAUCGCUCAGUCAGAGUCUUUGACUUUCUGGCAAAAACAGAACUGACCUGUAGCCGCUUCAGCCAGGGUGGAACUGCUCUCCAUUGGGCCCCCCUUACGGUCAGCCAGACUGGAAGUUUGCUCGUGACGGGUUUUGAAGAUGGGGUGGUCCGCUUACUGGAGCUUUUUGACCCCAAAGAGGUGCACAGCUACAAAGUAGAUGCCCAGCUGCGUCUCAAACAGGCCUUCAAACCCCAUAACGCUUCUGUAACUGCAAUGGCAUAUGAAUGCAAUGGAAAAAUAUUAGCCACAGGGAGCUCAGACUGCACUGUGUUCUUCUUCAAUGUUGGAGAAACGUACGAGCCAAUCGGUUUUGUCUCUGUUCCGGGACCAGUAGAGGUACUGGAGUGGUCACCUCAUUCCCAUAAUGACAACAGGUUGCUUAUCUUGUGUCAAAAUGGUCAUAUUGUGGAGGUACCUUGUCCUGAUCCAAAAACCUUCAAGCAAACCAAAUCCUAUGAGCUGCUUGAACUUCCCAGAAGGUCCUUCUGCUUCAAGAGCAUCAAAUCUCAAAUCAAGAGAGAGGACGAAAUAGCAAGGCGACAAGCUUUGAAUGAGAAGCGACAGAACGAGAGACAGGAAAAUCAAAUUACACAAGAAGAAGAGGAGUUGCCCUCUAUUUAUAUCCCUAACCCCCCUAGUCCUCUCUACUGGGGGUUCUAUUCACAGCCGGGUCAGUUCUGGCUCUCUAUGGGAGGAUACGACUCAGGUUUCUUGUACCACUGUAAGUUCUCAGACAAUCAGGAUGAGGACCCAGACCAACGUAAGGAUGAGCCGUUUGACUUCCUUGUGAUCCAUAAUGGAGAUGAUGACUGGAUUUGUUCAGUCACCUUCAGCUCAAACAGGCAGCUGAUGCUCUGUGGCAUGCACUCAGGCUCCAUCAGAGUUUAUCCUCUGGACCCCAAUGACCACUCCCUAACCUCCAUGCGAGCGUACUGGGAACUGAGCAUCCACGACAGCAUGUAUGGACACCUACGAAACAUCUCCUCCAGCCAUGACGACCAUUUUGUGCUGACAGCAGGAGAUGAUGGGAACAUCUUCUCCUUCAGUCUGCUUCCUCCGGAGGAGCUACAGAAAACCUUCCAGAGAAAAAAGGCUAAGGUUCCUUCACCAAAGGUGGAUUUUGAGAACGAGGAGUUAGCGCAAGACAUCGAUGACCCAGCAGCCUACAGCAUAAAGAUGGCAAAACAGAAGCUGGAGAAAGACCGUCUCUGGCAGGAAGCUGAGAGGAAGAAAUCUGACAAGCGAAAAAAGCUCAGUGAGAUUCAGGAAAUGUUUGAAAAACUGCUAAAGGAAAACCAAGAGCUACCAGGGCAUAUCCGGUUAACACCCACGGAGUUGCAGCUGGAUCCACGUUUUGAAGAGCUGGCUGAGAUAGAAAAAGCUGUGAAAGUGAAGGAGGUCCAAGACCAGAUGAGCUGGGAAGAGGAGCACUCCCGUAUUGCACUCAACAAACUACAGAACUGGGUCAAAGGCUCUUCAGGAUCUGAUGUACUCACCGUCUUCGCCAUCCACACUGGCCACAAAGUCUCCACAUAUAAUAUUCCAGCGCUUUCUUCUGUACAUAUUCAACAACAGUGCAGGUCCGUUGAUUCCAGCAGCAAUGAAACAGCGCAAGGGGAACGUCGAAAAUCCAAAGACCAACCUGUAAAAGACAGCAGCGAAACAGACGAGGAAGAUGUGCCUCACACACUGGUGACUCGUUCCUUGGGGGUAAAGCUAGCAGAUCGGCAGAUAGAAAGGCUCCAAAAGGCUGCAGAGAAAGCUAAACAAGCGCAAGCAAAAAUUGAAAAGCGGAAGCAGGAAUGGGAUAAACUUUACGCGGAGAAGCCGAAGAAGAAUUGUGAGGAUCCACAAGAUGUGCAGGCCAUCUGUGAAGCCAAAGAGAAGAUUGGAGACUUGAAACUUAAGACGGAUAAAGACUUCACUGUACCAAAACACCUGAGAAUGAGUGCAGACAGAAAGAAAGCUGAGAUAAAAGACCUGGAGGAUAACAUACGUGAAAAACAGACCGAGAUGAACAGAGACAUCUGGGCCUUGCGAGACUCCAAGCUUCGCCUUGUAGCGAAACUCCAAAUGCAAGCUCAGAAGCUACAGAGGGUCCAGAGUCUUCUGCCAUCCCAUCUCCAUCGCUGUCCCCCGCCCCUACCCGCUAUACGACCAGAGGAAAUUCCAGACAAGAGGCAGCGAUGUAGCCGAGCUCUCCUGGACAGAUACAGGGUGCUGAGGGAGCAGAGGUUUCAAUGCACCGAGCUGAAAAAUCAGGAGGUGGGUUUGCUCGAGCAAUUGGAAGAAGAGGUGGGAGAACUGGAAGAAGCAGAGGAAAUAGCAAAGUUAUCCUGUGUAGCCCUUGAAGAAGAAGAAGAAGAAGAAGAAGAAGAAGAAGAAGACAAGCCUCCAGAGGAGCAAGAAGCACAGCUGAGCGAGGAGACCAAGAAUAGCAAAUUGCUGCACAUACAAGAUUCUCUUCUGGAGAAGAUAGAAAGUUCGGUGCAUCAGUUUGACAAGGAGCACCUGAUGUGCCUAAACAAGCUACAGAAGCUGGACUGGAAGCUCAAACUUGGCAACCUUCGCCAGCUGACACUUUACCAGGAACUGCUGCUCCUUAAGGAGGUGGACAAGAAUGAGAAGACCUUGCAGGAGAAGCUCAACAUACGUCUGAAGGAGGAGAAAAACUUGACGUCUAAGCUGGAGGAGUGUCAGGAGGACCUGGAACAGAAGCGUAAAGACAUAGCGAAGGUGCAGGAGAGAGAGAAAGCUGUAUCUAAAGCUUUUCGGGCCUCGCUGGGUGAUGACAAGAAGUUUGAAGAGUAUCUGUUCAAAGUUUUCAAGAAGAAAGUCAAACGUGCCAAGAAAAAGGAGCAGGCGGGACAUGAAGAAAACGAAAAUGACAGUGGGGAAGACUUUGAUGAUUAUGAAAAUUGGGAUGAUGAUGAUGAUGAGAGCUGGGGUACACCGGAGGGAGAAGCUGCUGUUGAGGAAUGUCCUCCAGAUUGUGACCCGAAGUUGUUUGAGCACAUACUGCAGCUUCGUGAACGUCGACUGGACCUGGAAGAACGGCUGGCAGAGGAGAAAAAGAGUGCUGACGUUCUGGAAAGAGAAUGCGACAUGCUUAUUAAGAAGUUAAAAUCCAUGCAGGUCAGUCGCAAGGCAGCAGAGGAUGACUUGGAGCAAGUUAACAGGGAAAAACAGCAGCAAAUGAACCAACUAGAUGUUGUGGUUCCUCUUUGUCUGCACCAGAUUGAGUUUGAUGCCGAUGGUCCUGCAACUUCGGACCUCAGCUCGGCGUUGGUGCUCAACAGGACAGAGCUGCAACGUCUGCAGGAGCAAGUGAAUCAUCUGGAGGCGGAGAAGAGCCAGCAGACAGAGGUCUACAGUCAAGCCCGGCAGCAGUAUACCAGGCUGGUUCAAGAACGCAAGGACAUGAACGUUCAGAUCCGAUUGCUGGAGAAGCUAUGCAACCAGCUCAUGAUGACGAGGUUUGGGAGGGAGGUGGAUCUGGAGGUUCUGCAGACGCUGUCAGGAAACAGAACGGUUGAGGAGCUGAAGCAGCAAAAACUCCUUCAAGAAGCUGCAAACGCUAAAGAAAUCAAACAGUGGGAUAUUAAAGUAGAAAAGGCUUGUGAGGUCCUGAUGGGGAUGACAAAGAGCAACACAGAGCGCCUCCUUUGCUUGAAUAGCCUAUUUGAGCAGAAGAAAGAGCUGGAGCAGAAACUUGACGCAAGGCAGAAGAAAAUUGAUAAACAGCUUCAAGACUUCAGCCGACAAAGUGAUAGAAAUGAAGUGUGGCGUCUUCAAGAAUUGGUGAGAAAACAGGCCCAGCAGGUGGAGACCCUCAGCACAGAGAUCAACCUUCUUUCACGUAAAGGAGGGCACAUUUUGCCGAGCAGCCACAACCAGUUGCCUCCGCUUGUUUCUUGGACCAAGCCCACUGUGCAGACACACACCAGGGAAGCAGGUGGACCGCAUUCUAACAGACAGGACAGGAAGGCAUGGAAUGUUUACCAACAAAAGACUGGAGUCACAAAAUGAAGAGAGUACUUGGAAUGUCAUGAACGGAAUGAACAAGGUCACCGAUAGUGGCGGCCUCGGUCUUUCGGUCAGCUAACCCCACCCAUCCACAGAGCGAGGUGCGACGAUAGGAUAAAGACAGGCACGGUGAACUGACUCUCCAGCUAAUCAGGACCGAACGGGUAUUUUAGGGGCGCUAACCUCGUUCAUUCCGUUCACAAAAAAGAACUAGUUCUUUUGUCCCGUUCGUUCAUGACCGACACACCACUAUCCAGAUUGCCCGUUGGGCUUGUGAGGAUAAGCAGUACAGAAAAUGGAUGAAUGGUUUGCUAUAAUGUGUGUAUGAAUUAAAAUUACAAGAAAAUACAGCACUUAUGUCUUAGGCAACAAAAAACGUUUUUGUAAACACACUUAUUUGUGAACAAUUUAAUCAUGAAAAUAAUCUCCGCCGUAAAUUCACUUUCUUCAAUAGAGCUGUGGACGAAUCCAUUAGCGAGUGUGUCAACAAUACGACAAUAUCACAGGGAAAUA